CCUCGCUGCACAUACACUGUGGGCUCAACGAGCACUGCAGAUCUGGCCUCCGAUAGCUGCGCAGCGCCGUCGUCUGUUCUCAAGAAGCUGACGCACUUCGAGGCGUGAAGCGCGCGCAUGGCAGUCGUACACCGGCUAAGCUUCACAAGGCUGAGUGCCAGAGAGCAGGACGAUGACCGUUUUUGCUUGAAUGUAGUGUUUGUCCAUGGCCUUCGAGGUCAUCCUCGAGGAACGUGGGAAGCAGAGGUGGGGACGGCGGCGGCGACAGCAGCAAGCACGAGCAACAGCAGCGACACGACAAAACGAUCCAAGAGCCUCGGAUCUUUUUUCAAGCGACGAAAGGCCAGGUCGUCAUCAACAAGCACAGAACAAGCGCAGGCUCCCUCCUCCGUCCCCUCAUCAUCACUGCCAUCGUCUAAAGUCUUCUGGCCAGAGGAGUACCUCGCGGCGGAUUUUCCUCAAGCCCGAGUGUGGACGUACGGAUAUAAUGCAGACGUUAUCGGAGGUCUCUUCCAGGCAAACAACAAGAACAGCAUCUCCCAACAUGGACAGGACUUGUCGGUCGGGCUGGAGAGAGAGAUUGACAAUGGGAGACCACUCGCGUUCGUAGUGCACAGUCUAGGAGGCAUCAUUGUCAAAGAUGCUAUCCGCCGAUCAGAGACGAUCCGUGAGCAGACAAAGCUUAUCAUUUUCCUUGGGACGCCGCACCGAGGGAGCGCGUAUGCAGGCUGGGGCCAGAUUGCUUCGAACCUUGCCAGCCUUGCCCUGCAAGACUCGAACAAAAAGAUUCUUGAGACCCUAGAGGUGAACAACGAAGUCCUAGACAACAUCCACGAGGAAUUCAAGACGAUUGCGUUCAAAGGAGCAAUGAAGAUCCACUCCCUUCAGGAGGCACGGGGCAUUACUGGCAUGAAAGGGCUCGAUGAAAAGGUCGUAGAUGACUUCUCGUCGAAGCUCGACCUCCCACGGGCGCUAGAGAGUGUCGAAAGCAUUGACGCAAAUCACAUGCAGAUGGUCAGGUACAGCAGCAAAAACGAUCAAGGCUAUCGUGCCGUCUCUGGCAUCUUGGGGGCCUUUGUCCGACGGGAGCUAAAGACCCAGCAAAUACCGCCUGUCAAUGUCGCGGACAUCCUUCGUACGUAGAACCAUAGACUGCUCAGUAUAGGAAUGCGCAAC